AUGCCGUUUCCACCGUCUUCCGCUGCGAGCGACCGCCACGGUCCGCCUCCUCCUCUGCUUCCCUCGCCCUCUCUGGUGUCGAGUUGUCUAACUGCGAGUUCGCCAUCCGACUCCGUCUGCUUCUGUCUCUCGCCGCACGGUUCCUCGCUGUCGGAGAGCCUCUUGCAGGCUUCGUCGCCACACUCCGGCCUGCCUGUGUUUCCCAGUGCGGGCUACGCGCAGCCGUUGCUUCCUCAGUUCGGCCUCGUCACGCACUCGGGACCGUCGGUCCUCGCAGACGACUCGUCCUCGCCUUCCUACGUCGGCGCCGCGCCCUCCGUACCGGCGGCGACUUCCUGCCCAGCGGCGUCCGUGCUUUCCAGCCCUGUCUCAGAUGCGUCUUCGCGCGCGCCUGCCUCGGCUCCAGGCAGCUCAUCCCGCUCUCGACUCUCCGCGGGGUCGCCACCCUUUUCGGCGGCGCGGCCGGUGACAAAACUCGACGCGAGCAGGGCGAGCUCCUGCGCCUCCGCCCCGCGUUCGCCUCCCGCCUCCUCGCGCCCUCCUCUCGCGUCAGGGAGCUCCGCGGGCGUCCCUGGCCUUCCUGCGGCGUCGCUCUUCCUCCUAUACACCCGCCCCGAAGAGCUUCGUCAGCUCUUGCUCGACCCUGCGCGGUCUCUGCCGCAGUCGCAACCCGCGCCAGCGCCUCGCGGGUCGCAGGCGACGGGAGCCAAGGACCAGGACGCCGCCCCCGGCGCGCGGGCGCCAGAGGCCUGCCCAGCCACGGAGGCCUUGGGGUCCGACGUGAGCGGGAAAGGCGCUGAAGGAUGCGGCAGGCGUGAAGGCUGCGCCGCAGAGGAAGGGACCGCUUCGGCUCUGGAAUCGACAUACUGCCGCUCCUCGGUAACAGAGGCGCCGAGCAGCGGGCCUGCCGCAGAGGAGACGCCGGCGCCUUGUUCUGACGGGGCUCCUGACGCAAAAGCAGCGGGCAGCCCCUCGCACGCUGCGCCUUCCGACUGCCGAAGUUCGGACUGUACCGCGUCGACGUCUGCUGCGUCUCCGCCCUCAGCGGGCGCGCCGCCUCCCCCCAGCGAGCCCAGCACGGCGCCCGCGUGUGGGACGGCGCCGAACACAGACGCAUGCGCACCCUUCUGCGCGGCAGGCCGGGGGGACGCUCGCGGCCCCCCGUCUGACUCGCAGCCGCCCGCCGCGGUUCCGCCGUCGCCUGCGAGCACAGAAGAGCUGCAGUGCAGCUGCGUGAUUCUUCUCUCGAGGUGGACGCGCUACAGCGACGUGGUCAACGAGUUCGGCCCCCAGGCGAGUGUCUCCUCGGUGCGUCCGCUGUCUGCAGCCGGCUCGUCGCCUCCGGGGACUUCGCGGACUGCGCGGCGCCCGAAGGAUGCCAAGCGGGCUUCGCCAGUCCAUCGGAAGGCCGUCUACGGCGAGGCGCGUGUGUGUGAGGGCGCGGCGCGAGCGACCAGCCAGUCGGCGCAGGCGACGCCGCAUCACCUGGGGCUGUUGAUGCAGCACGUUGAUCAACUGUGUCCCGCAGAGUUUCUCCUCCUCGCGCGCCGCGUCAAACAGCGUCUCCCGUCUGCUAUCCGGGCGGUGUUGGACGAGGGCGAAGGACCGGGCGGCGACUCAGUCCACUGCGCAUCAGAUGAGGGCUUUGCAAUCGAUAUUGCGGAUAAGGCAGCGGCACACGAGCUCCUGGAUGACCGGCACUGCUCACUCCUGUUCGGCGGGCGCUCCGCCGCUGGAGACAACGGGGCUGAGAAAAGAGAAUCCGGCCUGGUGGCAGACAAGGACGAACUGCGAGACGGAGGACCUUCUUCGCUGGCGGGAGAUGAGGGAGGAAGGUCUCCGUCAUCCGACUUUUCAGCUCCGCGCUCGUUCCCUUCUGAUUUAGAACAAAGCAGUCCCUCUCCCCUGUCUCCCCCCGCAUGCGCCGACGGCGGCUGGCAACCCACGCCGCUGGUGACGGGCACGUCUCAGGUGUCAGAAGACCGGCAAGAAGGAGAUGAACGAGCCGGCGAAGAAGAAGGCGAGGGGGGCCAUCAGCGGGGCCCUCAGAGCCGACUUCUGUUCAGCCUCGCCGAGACGCACGGAUUCCCGCUCCCUCAGUCUCCCUCGAACGAGCCUGCGCCCGAAGACUCGCUCCCAGGGGCCAUGCAAGAGCUGGAGCAGCAGCUUGUUGACCUGCAACUCCGGACAGAAAUUUCUGCGGCACCUGCGGCUGUGCCUGGCGGUAGCGGGGAUCGGCUGCAGCGUCCCUCGCGGGGUUUGAACCCGCACGCCGCUGAAUUUCGAAGCCGCCGAACGGCAUACUUCUCCGCCGGCUUCUCUCCCGAGCAUGCGGCCCCUUCGUUCGCCGGCUCUUGUGCGCUGCUUCCGAACUCGUCCCCAGGUUUCCUCCCCCGCCCGGUCCCCCCCACGUUUCCCGCCACUCCGAUUCAGUUUCCGCGGCUGCCUAGCGCCCAAACUCGAUACGCCAGUGUGCCUACGUCAUCGGGCGCCGCGCAGGCGGCGGCUCCAGCGGAGAGAGGGUCGUCGCUUCCUGGGGGGAGUUCUUCGGCCUCUCAAGCGCAAUCUGGAGGCAUCGCUGCGUACCGCAGAGACCUCGAACGUCCCGGCGGAGGCCAGAAAGCAGCGCUUUUGAGUCGGCUGGCGCCGGAAGCUCCAAUCAUUGGAAAUGGUCAAACUCAGUUCCUUCCUUCGCCGCCGCAGUACGGGGCAGGAUGGACGGCGGAUCAGCCAGACGGGUUUGUUCCAGGGGGAUUUCACACGGAAAAAGGCCGCGUCAGAGAGGGCGAUCAGAGACAGAGAGACGAGGACUCGGCGGAGGCUGAUGAAGCGGAACUGAUGAAGGCUCUUGGGCUCCCCACGCAGUUCAUAUCUUCACGAUACACGGCGCGUCAUCGUCGGGCGCAUGACAAAAGGGAUUUCGACGUCUCCUGCGCCGCAGCCGAAUACGCCGGCUUUUCGUCCUACGACGCCACCUAUGCCUGCUUCACAGGGGCGGCGUGGCCUCCGGGGGCACCUGCAGGGAUGGACGCGCAGUUUUACAGCGGCGCUCACUGCGGUGGGGCUCCAGGGGCCUUGCAAGCGUGCCAGUGGCCUUGUGUGGAGGCUCACAACGGCGCGGAGGACGUGGUGAGGACGCGGACGUGCGGUUGCGGAGUCAUGAGCGACGUAUGGAGGCCCGCCGAGCAGGUCAGCGAGGGCGACCAAGCCAGGCAAGCGAAUGGGAGCCUCGAGGGGCCCAGAAGCCAGUCGCUCCCUCACGAGAGCGCGGAGUGUUCGCUCGUCUCCACUUACGACCAUGUGGGAAACCGAACUGACUCGUCGUACUACAGGUUGAGGUAUAGCCUCUUUCACAGGUACGACGACGGGACGCUGCUGGAUGAAAACGCGUGGUUCGAGACGACUCAGGAGUGCAUCGCCGCCUACCUUGCUUCGCGGCUCCGGGAUGUCGCCCUGCACGCCCGCCAACAGAGCGCCCAGACCCGCGACCACCCCGCCUCACGCAGGAACCAGCAACCCGCUGUGGAUGAGACUUCGCGUCGUCAGGCGCGAGGCACAAGUGCGUUGUCGGGCGAACAAGUUGCAGCCCUCGAAGAGGCAGCGAAGCCCUUCUGCCUGCCGCACAGCCCGCGUGACGGCUCCGACGCAGGAGAAAAACGAUCCGAAAAUCAAACCUGCGAGCCCGCGAGUGGACACCGAGCCGCGACGACGCUGGGUGCGACACCAGUCCGGGAUGCCUCUGGCGCUGUGGUUUGCUCUGCGGGAUCGUCUUUGGAAACUUCCUCUGUAGGAGCAGGACACAGGACUCCUGGAAAGACACAGGGGGAGGGCGUUCUGGGAAAAGGCAGCCAGGGCACAGAAUGCCCUUACCGGAAAGCGCCGGCGGGUUCAGCGUUGUCGUCUCCUCGUCCCCUGGUCGCGAUGGACGGCUGCUGCGGAGCAGGCGGAAACGUCAUUCAGUUUGCGCAGUUCUUCGACGCGUGCAUCGGCGUAGACUGCGACCUUCUGAAAGUGGCCAUCUGCAAACACAACGCGUCCGUUUAUGGGGUCAGGGACAGGGUGUAUGUGCAUCACAACACGCUUGCCGGGUGGCUGAGGGCACGGCGGGAGGCUCGGCGCGCAGGUCAGCUAGCGGAUGUAUCAUCUCGGGGGCCGAAACAGCCACCUGACGGCAAACCUGAUGGGGCUGCGAGCGCGAGGGGCCUGAAGGAGGCCGAAGACGACGACUCAAGCCUCUGUUUCUGUUGUAGAGAAUUCUCUCGUGUGUGGUGCCGCUUCUGCUCUGCGCAACGCGAAGCAAGGCACUCUGGCAGCGGGGGGCCGCCCGUCACCGCAGAGGAGGGAGAGGAAAGCCACUGCUUGCCUCCGGAGCGUUCCGGCGUAGUCCAGGCUGUACAGCGGGGCCUCCAGGGACUGGCAGCGGCUCGUCCUCUGACUCAUGGAAGUUCACUCGUCGCGGAUAUUUCGUGGUGCUUCAUGUCCCCUCCAUGGAGCGGGCCGAAUUACUCAGGGCGGCGGACCUUCCACUCCCAGCUCUUCUCUCUCGCGGGCGGUCAGGACGGAGGCGGAGGCGUAGGCUCCGCUCACAUUCCCUCCCUUGUGAAGGCAGCUUCGCGGAUCGCUCCCAAUGUCUGCUUGUUCCUGCCGCGCUCGACGAACGUCCACGAACUGGCUGCGCUCGCGGCCGCCCUGGGCUUUCCCCUCCUCGAAAUUGAGGUUCUGUACUCCCACUUCGUCGACCGCCAAGCCAGCCAGCAGCAGGCGCCCACUCUCUUUCCGAAGGUUGUGAUUGCAUACUUGGUGCGAGAUGUCGCGUCGUGGAUUUCCACUCGCGGCCUUCCAGGAGAGAUACCCGCGGCGUCGUGCGUCUCGCCGCACAAGAGCGAGGAGAGCCCGACGCGGCAGAGCCGAAAUGCGAGAACGGCGAGGCACUGCGGUGGACGCAGCCCAGCGAGCAGCCGCGACUGCACCAAGGCGACGUGCCGAACGCCUUUCGCAGGUCCGACCAGGAUUGUGUUCCAGUCGCGCAGACAGCCGGAAGCGUCGGUUCCCGCGUAUGCGUGGAUCCCUCUCGAGCCUCCCUCCGUGCUGCUUUCGCAGGCGAAAGAAGAGGCGAGCCCAGGCCUCAGCGUGCACCGCGCAGAUUGCAGGCACGGGCCGCACAGCACCACCCGCAACGAGGGUGGGAACUCGAAAAAAGAAAAGGCUUCUCGCACCCCGAACUCGAAAGGCAACUCGCAGUCGACUGGGGCCGCGCAAGGGUCUCCUCGGCACGCCUCUGGAGCCGAGGAGCCUGUGUUCGGAUUCUGGCUGGCUACAGUGGGAGCUAUACACGCGCUUCUCGCGCGGAGGCCCCUCGAGAGCGAUGUGCAAGAGAAAAAUGCAAGAGAGUCCCCUAGCAACGCCGCGGAACAUGUCUACAAUCAGGAGACAAGCCGCGCAGGAGACGAAAAUGACGCCGGCGAUACAGAAAGCGGGACAGACAAGCUCGCCACAGCAGGUGCACCACACGGACAGACGCGAACAGGAAAGAAGCCCUGUGCCCAGCAACUUGCAUCCGAAGACAAAAGGGACCGACACGACGAGGUUGUCACCGCGCAGCCCAGCCGGGAGGUGGCACGCGACUUCGUCUCGGAUGCUGGAGAGGGGGUCGCUGAGAAGCCAUACGAUGCGGGCGGCGGGGAAGGCCAGACUGCGGACGAGAGGCGCGAGAGCGUAGAUGCCUUGACAGCAAUGGCGUCCCGCCUACAGGAUGGAACACUGGGGCUUGACGAGCUCCUCGCUGCGGCAGCAAAAGUUGAAGAGGGCCCCCAGAUAGGGACCGGCAAUGAACAAAAGUGGAAUCAGCUUCUUCGCCUUCUCGCGGUAUGA